GACCGUUCACCCUACACUAGUGCUUUUACGGUACCGCACCUUGCACUUUUCGACUUGCCACCGUGCCAGCGUCGCCAUGUCAGCGCAAUAUCAGGCGCUCUCAACCAACGAUCCCGCCGAAAUAGAAGCUGAUCCACAACUGCGGUCUCAAAUCCAGCAACUCCACGCAGAUCCCCGUUUUAACCGCCCUACACCUUCGCUCUGGAAGCGCAUCGCACUCCUUCUCCUAACUGCGUUCCUCUUCUGGCUUGCAUUCCAGUUGCAGCACAAGAGAUUCGAACCCAAGGUCAUUCACGCUGAAAGAUACUCGAAGGAUUUUAAAUACCGCCCAGCAGCGAGUCCUGUGAUUACGGAGAGACUCAAAGAUGGUGUCGUCCGCCUUCGCGGGGCAUAUUUCUAGACGUAUGGGUAUCGUCAAGUCCAGACAUUGUAUAUUUCAGAUAUUGCUAUCAUUCCUGGGUUUUAGUCUCGUGGCACUUAUUGCCGUUCGCUCCUUUGACCUAAUAACUACGUUCGUUAACUAGAACAAAGGGUUUUGCCCCUCCUUCCAUCUGCGUGCACGGGUACAAGUCUCAGCCAUGGACUUGAUUGUGUGUCCACGGAUCUAGGGUUCACGGACACCAAUUUCACGCCUCUAUUACUUCUGCAUUCUGUGCUUUUGACUGUGUUUUCAGGCUUACCUUCAACAGUCCGUGUUCAUGCGCCCUGAUCGUCGAUGUCACGAUUCUGGCAUAGAUAAGUUGGUCGCAAAACUUGGUGCAUAUUUCAGUUCAAACCAGAUCGCAGACGGAAGUCGACGCAGGG